UCAAACCAUCCAUCAACGACGAGAAUCAAUUUGCAUUGCGACCCAAGCCAAAUCUGCGGCCUGUGCACGUGAUCGAACGGCUGAGGUGUGCCCGGUUUUUGCGUCGAGUUGAAACUCGAAACGUGGAGCUCCGUUUUGCAACAAGCACGACUCCAAGACGUCAGUGAGAAGGAGAGAGAGAGGGAGGGAGAGUGGGAGGGGAAGGAAAAGACACAGAAACGCUGAGGAUCAAGGAAUUGGACGAGCGGGACACCGAAUCGAUUUCGGGAGCGAGCAUGGGAUGGGAUGGUUGCUGGAGCAGGGUGUGCGAUGCGGAUGGGAUUAUACUGGUCAAGGGGUUUGAAGCUAAGUAGAUAAUCUGAUUUAGCUCCUCUUUGCUUAGUGAGAGAUGAACGAUCGGUGGAAAGAGUGAGGGGUUGAAGCGGGCUUAGCAGCGGGUGUUGAAAGAAGGUUUUGUUUGGGGUUUUGUUGGCGCAAGAAGCGAUGGAUCAGUGGAUGCAGCAGAGAGGAGGGGCAGCAUCACAGCAGACUGCAUUGUCCCAUCUCUCGCAGCAGCAGCAGCCGCAGCAAGCGCAUCAGCAGGCCGCGCAGUAUGUGUAUUCCUCCAACUCAUACUCAGGACAGCAGGGAGCCGCACCGUCGUCUGCCGCCAGUGCUGCAUAUGUCCAACAGCAGUCGUAUACGCAACAAACUUAUGGGCAGCAAAACUAUGGGCAACAGGUGCAGCAGCAACAGCAGCAACAACAACAGCAGCAGCAGCAGCAGCCUGCUGCGGUCGCUGCCGCUCAGUAUGCUGGGCUCUCAACUUACAGUGCUGUUGGAGGCCCUUCGCAACAGCAAUCGGCUCAGCCACAAUCUGUUCCAUGGUCUCAGCAAGCUUCGGCCCCAACAGCACAACCCAGUGAUCAACAACAAGGGGCCUAUGGACGGUCCACUACGGGUGUUGCUUCUGCAGCGAGCGGGGGUGGUUCAUCUGUCGGUGCUGGGCAGUACGGAGGGCAGUACGGGAGUGUAUAUGGAGCGGCUGCCCAAAGCAACACACCGCAGCAGCUUCUUGGACCCAGCGGAAGGGGUGUAGCUUCACCAGAGUUCCAGGCGCAAGGAGCUGCAGGGAGUAGAGGUUCAGCAGCAUACGGAGCGGCGCAAGAUAGGGCCAUGAACACAGGAGCUUCUUAUGUAGUUGGAGGAGCCGCUUCGGUUAGUGCGUCCGGAGUCUACGGAGCCGAUGCUGCCAAAUACGAUGAUACGGACAAGUACGGAACUGGUGCAUCGAGUGCCAGCUACGAUGGGAAAGGCGGUGAUUAUGGAACAGGGUCAUCUCCUUCCGCUUACACUCAAAAGGCAGCCGAUCAGUAUGGAGCCAAUUACAAUAUCAAGAGCUCAGAUUACUCUCAAUCCGAAAGAGGUCAGUAUGGGCACAAUCAAGCUGCGUACGGUCAGGCGGACUCGCAAGGUGGAGUUGGAGCCCGACGAUAUCAAGAAACCCAUUCCGCUAUGGCGGUUGUACAAGCUCAACAAAGACAGCAACAGCAGCAGCAACAUCAGCAGCAGGAUCGCCAAGACCAGCAGAGCCAGAUCCUUAGACAGCAGCAAGUUCUCCAGGCGCAACAGGCUCAGGCCAAUGCAGUACUUUUGAAUAGAGGAGCUGCUUCAUCAGUUCUUGAUGCGGGUGGAAGGAAUCAGGCAGAAUAUCUUGCUGCCUCUCGUAACGUUCCUGCAAGAGUUACGGGGGCUCAAGAGUAUGGCGGACAAGUGAGGGGUUUGCUGGGCCAGACCUACGGAGUUAAUAGGUCCGAGACAGACCCUGGUUUGUUGGUUUCACAGUAUGGAGUUGCCGGAGGGCGUUCAACUGGGAACACAGGCAACAGUACAGGAUAUGGCGCACAGCAACAACAAGCCGCUAUGUAUGGUGGUUUGAAUGCCGGUAGAGGUAUUCAAGGUCAGAUGUAUCCUCAUAAUCCUCCUGCAGUGGGAUAUGGAGGUGUUCAGUUGCCACCAGGAAGAGAGUACAGUGCAGGGCGAGGGACGGGUGGUGGCGGCUAUAUUGCCGGGGGCAGUCGUUCCGAUCGUCCAAGCAUUGGCAGUAGCAGAUUCGAAGAUAGAAGAGAUGACAGAGGACCUCCUCGGCGCGAUGGGCUGCGAGAUGAUAGGAGAGGUGGAAGAGAUAGAGACAGGGACAGAGCAAGGGGAGGAAACAGAGACAGAGAACGCGAUCGGGAUAGAGAGCGUCGAGAGGAGCAACGUAAGCGGGAGCGAAGCCCUGUGAGACCAGUAAGAGACCACAAGGAGCCGCCGCUAAGCAAGCGAGAUGAUAGAAGCAGUCGGAAGGAAUCUCCUCGUCGAGAUCAACCUCACAGGGUAACUUCUCCUGCAAAGGAAAAAAGAAGGGAGUACCUUUGUAAGGUUGAGCCAUACAUUUUUGGAGAAGCUGAGAGGGACUACACCUCUCUUUGCAAGCGAUACUCGAAAUUGUUUGUAGUACCAGAGUUUGCGAAGCUUGUUGUGUGCUGGACCGGGAAAGACUCCCAAAUUUGUCUGAAUCAGCCGAUCAGCUUCGAGCACGAUGCUGUAGACGUAGAGGAUGAGGGCGAGUCCAAGCAGGCUCCACCAAAGUCCUCUGACAAGGUUCUCCCUUCUCCAGCGACUAACUCGACGAAGGGCACUACCACGUGGAACGCCAAGGUGAUGCUGAUGAGUGGAUCCAGUGAAGCAGCUCUGAAUGAGUUACUCGUGGAUGACAGUCCAGACGAAAAGCCAGCCCACCUUCAUAACCUUCUGAAGUUUGUGGCCCUUCGUAAAGACCGAAGUGCAAUUAUGGCUGCCGGAGGUGUCUGGGAUAAGGAACUUGAUGGUGGAGAUCCUGCCAUAGACGAGGAAGCCCUCAUACGCACAGCUAUAAGAUGCACGAAGCAAGCUACCCAGCUAGACCUAUCUCAAUGCAAGAAUUGGAUUCGGUUUCUGGAGGUACACUAUGAAAGGCCUGGAGAAGAUGGACUUCCAAGUCAUCGGGAAGUUACUGUUAUGUUUGUACCUGACCUCUCGAGCUGUCUUCCGCUUUUGGGAGAUUGGCACCAGCAGUGUACUCUAUGGCGGCAAUCAAAGCUUGAGCGUGAAGGUCAAGCCAAAGCAGAGAAGGAUGGAAAAUCUUCCGAGAAUAAAACUUCAGUCAGGGAAGGUGACAGUAAUGGUAGCAUUAAAGAUGGUGAGACAGAAACUCUUGACGAGUCUAAGGACGAAGUGGAAAAGGAGAAGGAGAAGGAGAAGGAAGUCGAAGAAAAGAUCGAAACGAAGGAAGAAGAGGUAGAAGGAAAAGAAAAAGGAACGGAGGUCAAGAUCGAAGAGGAGUUACCUCAGCAAUCUGGAUUUAUAUUAACAACACAACGAACCAAGACUACCAAAAUGCGGUCGAUGACCAUAUCUUUGGAUGGCCUCCUCGACUAUGACGAAGAGGAUAGAGAGGAAUGCACGUUCGAGCUCUCCGUCUUCGCCGAGAUAUACCAAGAAAUGCUGCAGUGCAAAAUGGGCAGUCUUAUCUUAUCGGACAUUGAGAUACUGCGUGAAACAACUUACGCUCGUAAGAAGGAAGAGAGGAAACGUGGGCGCUCAGAAGCUAAGGAUGAAAUAUUCAAAGACGUGGAAGGUGAGGGGUCUUCAUCAAGGAAGCGCAGCAAGUUCUCAGACAGGGCCGGGACCCCAGAGCCUAAGGUCGAUACGAUUAAAGCUGAGGCCGUUCCAGAGUCCAAGGUGGAUAGUGUCCCCGAACCUCUGGUUGAGGUUGUCACGGAACCGAAGGUGGAAGAGGUUCCCGAAGGAAGGAUAGAGAUAGAAGCAAGUGAUAUACUUAAUGCGAAUAGCGAAGAAGAGCUAAGGAAAUUGCAAGCAAGAAGAGAAGAAGCCGCAAUGGAAUUAGAGAAAGCUAAAGCUGAGGGACAUGGAGAGAAGGCGGAAGAGAACGGGGUUGUUCAUAAAGAGGAGAAGAAAGAGGAUGUAUUAAAUUUGUCUACAGAAGGUGAGGAAGCUAAGGCGGUCAAUGAUUCCGUCAUCGCAGACGAUAUGGAUGUAGCAAUAACAACUGCUUCUUCAGACGUCGACAUGAAGGAUGCCGCUGCAAGUAAAGAUAGAGGUUUGGAGGAUAAGAUAGAUGAGAAAAAGCCUGAGAAGAAACACAUAAUGGAUAGAGACGUUCUACAGGCUUACCGAUAUUUUGAUAGGAACCGAGUUGGCUACUUGAAGGCAGACGAUUUGCGGCGGAUCUUGCAUGGACUGGGGAAGUUCCUCUCUCAGCGGAAUGUUAAGGAUCUUGUAGCUUGCGCUGUCACAGAAAGUAGUAAGUCACGGGAUGAACGCAUUGUCUACCGGAGCUUCACUGAGAAGGAUGCACCUGUUGAGUAACAUGGCUAGGCCUAAAUUUUGUUGAUUAGAUACCACGCGGGGCUGGGAAGUAUCGUGCCUUUUGAAAUUUUGAAAGACCAGAAUUAUAGGGCUUUGAUUACUACGGGAGCUUUACGAAUUCUGUAUAAACGUCCUGAUGACUCUCAAAUGGGCACGUUCCCAGCAAGUGUUCAGAACAAUAGAGUACUUCGGAAUCGAAAUGUGUAGCUUACUCAGCAUGCUUUUAGCGGUUUCUUUGAGAUCCUGUGGACUUGUAAUAGAAAUGUCUAUUCGUCACGCUCUACUGCAUAAUUUAAACCCUUUUGAAGGAGC